CACUCUCUCUCGAGUUAUCCAUAAUCAGCUGGCUCGGUCUCGUUACGGCCAGCCUCGACAUCUCGACAAGGUAGUGCAUGCUACGUCACAUUGCAUUCGCCACUCAACAACAGCUGGUUAAGUCCAUCACCACAUCUUCAACCACAACCACUUGCUUCCCCCACACUCCACUGUCAAUCAGCAGGCAUCGCCCGCCACAACUCCUAGCCACCACCCGCCUACUCCACCACUCCGCAAUCACCACCAUGUCCGCUGAGGAGGUCAAGCCCGCCGCCGCCGCGCCCGCCGCGGCUUCCCCCGCCUCGACCCCUGCCUCCACCGAGGCCGGCACCCCCGCCGAGGGCGAGAUCACGUCAAAGAAGGGCGCCAAGAAGGCCGCCAAGCUCGCCGAGAAGCUCGCAAAGCAGGCCGCAAAGGGACCCGCCCAGCCGGUCCCCGCUGCCGGCGGCGCCAAGAAGGAGAAGAAGGAGAAGAAGGUCGUCGAGGCUGCCCCCGCCGAGGAGUGGGUCAACCCUACUCCCAAGGGCGAGAAGAAGGACGUCUCCGGAGACCUCCCCGCCGGCGGCUACGACCCGAUCAAGGUCGAGGCCGCUCACUACGACUGGUGGGAGAAGGAGGGCUUCUUCCAGCCUCGCUUCAAGGCCGACGGCACACCGCUCGACAAGGGAACGUUCUCGAUGGCCUUCCCCCCUCCUAAUGUUACCGGCAACCUUCACAUCGGUCACGCUCUGACCGUCUCUAUCCAGGACGCUCUUAUCCGAUGGAAGCGCAUGCAGGGUUACUCGACCCUCUUCGUCCCCGGCUACGACCACGCUGGUAUCGCUACCCAGGCUGUUGUCGAGGCGCGUCUCGUCAAGAACGAGGGCCACACAAGGCACUACUACGGCCGCGAAAAGUUCCUCGAGAAGGUUUGGGAGUGGAAGGACCAGUACCAGGCCAACAUUACCGGCCAGAUGCGCCGCCUCGGUGGCUCGUUCGACUUCACCCGUGUCGCCUUCACCAUGGACGACAACCUCAGCGCCGCCGUCAUCGAGGCGUUUGUUGACAUGCACAAGAAGGGCCUCCUGUACCGUGCCAACCGUCUCGUCAACUGGUGUUGCUACCUGAACACGUCGCUCUCCAACCUCGAGGUCGACCAGAAGGCCCUCACCGGCCGUACUCUGCUCAACGUCAAGGGCUACGACAUCAAGGAGAAGUUCGAAUUCGGUGUCAUCACCUCGUUCAAGUACCCCAUUGAGAACUCGGACGAGUUCAUCGUUGUCGCUACUACCCGUCCCGAGACCAUGCUCGGUGAUACCGCCGUCGCUGUCCACCCCGACGACGAGAGGUACAAGCACCUCCACGGCAAGUUUGUCAUUCACCCCUUCAACGGCCGCCGUAUCCCCAUCGUUACCGACGGCAUCACCGUCGACCCCGAGUUUGGUACCGGUGCCGUCAAGAUCACCCCUGCGCACGACCCCAAUGACUUUGAGUGUGCCCAGCGCAACAACCUCGAGUUCAUCUCGCUCAUGAACGACGACGGUACCUACAACGAGAACGCUGCUCCCUUCCAGGGCAUGAAGCGCUUCCACGUCCGUAACGCCGUCAUCGAGGAGCUCAAGAAGAAGGGUCUCUACGUCGGCCAGGCCGACAACGAGAUGCAGAUCCCCAUCUGCUCGCGUUCCGGCGACGUUGUCGAGUCGAUCAUGAAGCCCCAGUGGUGGAUCAGCUGCAAGCCCAUGGCCGAGGAGGUCCUCAAGCGCACCGCCGCCGGCGAGCUCGAGAUCAAGCCCAAGUCGAUCGCCAACGACUGGACCCGCUGGAUGGAGAACAUGCAGGACUGGUGUAUCUCGCGUCAGCUCUGGUGGGGCCACCGCUGCCCUGCCUACAUCCAGAAGUUUGACGGCGAGUUUGCCGACACUGCCGACGAGAAGAACUGGAUUGUCGCCAAGAACCUCGAGGAGGCCCAGGUUGAGGCUGAGAAGCGCGCCAACGGCCGCAAGUACACUCUUGAGCAGGACGAGGACGUUCUCGACACCUGGUUCUCGUCUGGUCUCUGGCCCUUCUCCACCAUGGGCUGGCCUAACCAGACUGACGACCUGAAGCACUUCUACCCCAACUCCAUCCUCGAGACCGGAUGGGACAUUCUCUUCUUCUGGGUCGCCCGCAUGGCCUUCUUCGGCAACCAGCUCACUGGCCAGAUGCCCUUCAAGGAGGUCUACUGCCACCCCAUGGUCCGUGACGCCUGGGGACGCAAGAUGUCCAAGUCGACUGGCAACGUCAUCGACCCUCUUGAUGUCAUCACCGGCCAGACCCUGCAGAAGCUGCACGCCGACCUCCGUCUCGGAAACCUGCCCGAGAAGGAGAUUCAGAAGGCCGAGGACGGACAGAAGAAGCUCUUCCCCAAGGGUAUUCCUCAGUGUGGUACCGACGCCCUCCGCUUCACCCUCUGCAACUACACCUCGGGUGGUCGUGAUAUCAACCUUGAGAUUGGCCGUGUUGAGGGCUACCGCAAGUUCUGCAACAAGCUCUGGAACGCCACCAAGUUUGCCCUCUUCCGUCUCGGCCUCGUUGACCUCGAGGGCAAGCGCCUCAAGAGCACCUUCACCCCCAACCCCUCGCACAAGCCUACUGGCAAGGAGAGCAUUGCUGAGAAGUGGCUCCUGCAGCGCCUCAACACUGCGACCGUCAACGUCAACAAGGCUCUUGAGAACCGUGACUUCUCGGACGCCACCAACUACGCCUACCGAUUCUUCCUCAACGACCUCUGUGACGUCUUCAUUGAGGCCACCAAGCCCCUCUUCGAGGCCAACGAGGACACCCCUGAGAAGAUCUCGGCCCAGAACACCCUCUACACUGCCGUUGAGAACGGUCUCAAGCUCCUCCACCCCUUCAUGCCCUACGUCACAGAGGACAUGUGGCAGCGUCUGCCCCGCCGUGCCGGCGACGACACGCCCUCCAUCAUGGUCGCUUCGUUCCCUGAGGAGGUUGCCGAGUACAACUUCCCCGAGGCUGAGGCUGACUUUGACCUCGUCAACGAGGUCAUCCGUGCCGCUCGUUCGGUCACUGGUCUCUACAACCUUCCCACAAACGGCAAGACCCUUGAGGACAAGAUCACUGUCAUCGUCCAGGCUAAGAAGCCUGAGCAGAAGGAGAUGUUCAAGACUCAGGCGCCCAUCAUCGUCGCGUUGACAAAGGGUGCCGGCCAGGCAUUGUUUGUCACCGAGGACUCGGAGGUCCCCCACGGAUGCGGUACCGAGACUGUCACUGCCGACGUCAACGUCCACAUCCCCGUCCAGGGCAAGGUCGACGCCGCUGCCGAGGUCUCCAAGCUUGAGAAGAAGCAGGCCUUUGCCGAGCAGGGCCGCGAAAAGAUCCUCAAGCUCACUCAGCAGUCCAACUACGAGACUGCUGUCCGCGAGGAGGUCCGGGCGCAAAACGCGGAGAAGAUCGAGAAGCUCGAGUCAGAGAUCGAGGCCCUCCGUCUUGGUAUCGAGCGCUUCAAGACGCUCCUGUAGGCGUAGAUCGAGGUAGUGAGAAGCGCAUGUUAUUCAUUUGUUCAGCCAUG